AUGGAAAUUUUUGCAGUGGUUAUAUUUUGUUCGGUUUAUUCCCUUGAAGUCAUAUCAAUUUUUGUAGGAAAUAGUUUUACAAUCUUCGUUUUCUGGAAACACCGAGCGAAGCUAAAACGAGCUUCAUAUCUCCUUGUAAAUUUGGCUCUCGCUGAUCUGUUAGUGGCAAUCAGCAGUUCAUAUUUCCUCAGCUGUGAAGUACGAGAUGUAGCUGGAGGUUACUAUGAAAAUGAUAUACAGCGAUGGGAAUUUAUCACUUUCACAAGCUGGGACGUGUUUUGUGGGGCAUCCUCGCUGCUCAAUUUACUAGUGAUAGCUUACGAGCGUCUCUAUGCCAUUCGUUGGCCUUUCCAACAUCUAGCACUGAGAAACAGAACAUAUACCUACAGUUUCGUGUUUGUGUGGAUUACUGCUGGAUUUGUCUCCGUUUUUUACCUCACAUUAUUCACGGUCACUCCUGAAACUAGCAAAAUAACUGCAAUGGUUGCGACUGUUUUCUUUCUAGUGGUGUUGAUUCUUAUUUGUAUGGGAUAUCUAUUGACACACCUGCAGACACGUCAUAACAUUCCCGAAGGAGUCAACGAGCUUAGGCGAGCACAGCAAAACAAGGAAUUAACAAAAACGUUGUUGAUUGUAACAGUUCUUUCCCUCAUCUGUUGGUUUCCCUCGAUUGUUGUGGCUCUAGCUUUCGAUUACACAAAUUAUUACCCUUGGAGUUCAUUCAACUUGAGUAAAAGAACUCAUAAUGUUCUACGUUUCGUCAAGUUCAUGCAAUACGGGAACUCCUUCGUAAAUCCCAUGGUUUACAGCUUCAGGAUGCCGUGGUUUAAAUCAGAGAUCAAAGAGCAUUUUUCUAAACUUAUUCGGGAAAAGAAUGGUGACUUAGUCAAUCAAAAUAAACGAAAGGUGGCACUCCCUCAUCAAGGCAGACAGGGAAACAUUGAUCAAGCAUUCUUUGAAACAAAAUUAUAA